GUCAACUUUGCAGUCUUGGACUGAAGUACCACAUCAACAAAAAGCUCGCGAGCAAGUCGUCUGUUAAACUUUCAAGCUUCGAGCAAUAAAUGGCGUCUACACAGGUUCCUACCUCGCUAUCUUCAUUCCCAGAAGAGCUUCUCGCUCGUAUAAUUGCGUAUUGUGUAAUUCCUCCCCAAGUAUUCCCAGUUCGUCCACCUUGGCACAUCCAACCAAUAUUCUUUCCAUGUCCCUCAUCCUUAGCCCGUCCAACACCCCACACCAGUACACGUGCCCGAUUUUCGCCCUUGCUUGUUUCCCGGCAGUUCCUCCGUAUCGGUACUCCCAUAUAUUAUCAGACCCUCCACCUUCCGACGGCUGCUCAUGCUGCCCGCGUACUCGAGACGCUUGUCGCCCAGCCGGUCCUUGCUGGUGCAGUACAUCGUGUUGUGCUGGGCUGCGUGUCACUGGAGGGCGCUCGUGUACUUCGGGCGUGUGAAAGGAUCGAAGAUGUGGAUAUUUGUAUAGAUGUUUACGAAGCUAAUCCUCAGGGAGAUGCAGCAGAUGAUCAGGAUGCCCAAGCCCUAUGCGACGCACUAGACCAAAUAGACUUGAAGCAUCUUACCAUUCGCAGAACUUCAGAUGCUUAUCUCACACUUACGCGCCCAAAAUACCUUCUUGAGCGCAUUGCAAAAGCUGUACCCGGCUGGUUUAACCUUGAGUCCGUUCACUACGCUCUCAAAAUCAGUUCGACACCAGCCACCAGGCCUUUGGCCAAGGCUCUGAGCCAUGCCCCCAAGCUACGCAGUCUUAAAGGGCAACUACCGGCGAUAUGGAACGACUUGUUCCUCACCAUCUCUAAAAACCCGACUCUCGAACAAAUUGCAUUGUACGUAGAAGGCGUAGAUGGGAUUUUGCAUACGACCAUGUACAUGAUGGAGGCUAAGAAACACGCACACCUGAGCGAACUGAUCAAAAUUGGAACGUCAUUUAUCCGAACGAGGGCACAUACAACUGCUGCUGCAUUGCCGAGUCCACCGUCAACAAGACCAUCGACUCCUCUGAGCGCCAGCAGAGUGAAGGAGGUAGCUGCUGAGCUUAUGACUCCUCGGCUGAGUCAGAACGUGUCCCUCCCUGUAGAGGGAAGUUCGCAUGUAUCAUGAUCGCUUUCUAACACAUUUCGCAUCGAACAUCAUUUCUCACAUAUGCAAUUUUCUCUCAACACUUCACGAAGGCGCGGGUGACUUCCAUCACAACACAUGUUCCCCGCGCAAUGAUGAUUUUUGUAACGCCCUCACGCCUACAUGGACUUUCUUUUGAUAUGGCACGUUCUUCUUUCUUAUCACCAGAGCUUAUUCCCUGUGAUGAAGGUCUUGUCGCGCAAGCGUAGUUGGUCUGGUACUUCUGCUUUUGCACGCUCGUUCUUGUUCUUGUUACUUUGUCCAGACAUUGUGAUCACAAGCUAGGCUAAUAGGACAUGAUUUACAUAUACUCAAAUUCAACUCAAAUUAUCACGAGUUGUGUGAC